CGGUUAGCCGGUUGCCGGCAUCACGUUUUUCGACCAGCUAUAAAAACUUAUCUGCCAUCAGUAGGGCGUCGUGAUAAUCAGCGGGACGGAAGUUUCAGUAAAAGUGUGUCAUCGUAAUGUGUGAAAGGCGAUAAUAAUGGUUGCGUCAAUGAAAGCGAUUACGUUUGUUGGGAACUUGAUUGGUUGUAUCAACGAACGUCAUUAUCAUCUGCGCGUGCAGAAUGUUACUGCAAGAUAAAUUACUCGCGAUUCUCAAUAUGCGAAAAGAAAUAAAUAACCAGUCGGCAGAGUCGUUAAAUUGAGAUUUAUUAUAGUUCGGAGAUAACGAUUAAAAAUAGGAGCAAACAACACCGUUGCAGCGUUUGUUUCUGAGAAGCGUAUAAAAAUAUCAUUGUAUUAAGAAACGGAGUCUGAUGCAAGCCUGCAACUUAUCUUCUUCUUUUUAAACGACUCUUAAUGUCGCGAAAGUGUCCACGACUGCUAACAAAAACUCUUUAAACGUUCUUGAGCAAAAGAGAAAAAGAAAUAGAGGCUACGACAUACCCUAUUAAGUAUAUUUCAUCACUACGCUUUUUUAUUUUCCGGAUUCUCUGUCCUAAAAAAAUCUCCGAAACAUGAUGUUCUUUUAAAUAAUGUCCUAUAAAAUGCGCGUUUGUGGUGAGCAGAAUAUUAUCUCAGUCGGACUCGACGGAAGAAACGUUUAAUUUAAAUUCAAUAUUUCCGACAUUGAAGUAUACAUAUUCGAUGACUAUUCACCGGAUUUUGUCCUCUCAUCUCUAGAAUAUUUAUUAGGACUAUAUCUUAAAAGACAGGUUCCAGAAAUUUCAGGAGAUCAAGUGUACGGUCCUGUAGGCGGUAUGUGUGCAGUUCGGAAGCGAUGUUCCAACCGCGCAUGUGAACGAGGAGCCGCGCGGGCGCCCGUGCUCCGUCUCGUCUCGAUCCUCUCGGAUCUUUUUUUCUUUCUCUCAGCCGUAAUAUCCCGUUCGUCGCGUCGUGCGUCGUCGUCGGCCUACCGCACGUUUCGCACGCGAUAUUUCAACGAUUUCAACGCCGACACGCCGCGCCGGGACUUUACGCGCGAGCGAGGGGCGUGUGUUUACCGCGUGCGGACUGCGGGCUUUGACCGUCGCCGGGUUUUCGUCUCGCCUCGCAUCGCAUUGACCCGAUCGGCGUGGCGGUGUCGUCCACCACCGACGCACGUUGCAGCGGACGGGGUCCGGCUUCCGUGGGCACGUAAGCCUCGACACGUGUGCCUAAGGUACGUUCGUGCGUAUAUGCGUGCGUACGUGCGUAGUACGACGGCGACGCACGCGCGACGGGAAUCGUCGGCGAGGUGACGUUGCGGGGACGUCCGUCGUGUCGGUGGAUUUUCGGACACCGCGAACGCGAAUCGCGAGAGGAUUGUGUGCGUCACGCCCGUCACGGUGCGUGUUGCGCGUAAGUAGUGGCGCCCUUCGCCGAGACCAGAUUCGUCGUGGGCGAAUCCCUUCGCACGACCGACCGAGGAAAACUGGAGCUUGCAUGGGGGAGAACAAAAGCCACGCCUGACUAAUACUAAUGUUGUAUCCCUGGAAAAACUAUUGGGAACAAUCGGUGCAGAGGGGAAUGUUCCGAUAGUCGGGAACAACGUGUGUUUUUCUCAACGCGCAUUGUUCUACGUGCCGCUGGGCAUAAUGGUAAAACCGGAGGCUAACAUCGCGGUUUUUACAAAGAUACUAUACAUGAGUCACGCAACACAUAUACGGUGUUGAUCCUGACGAGCGGAUAUCGUAUACGAGUUCCGCUGAAAAUCUCAAUCAACAAAGACGCAUUAAUCGCGCACCGUUUCACCCACGGAACACGACCAUGCACUCGAACAUAAUAUUACUGUCGACGUUGGUGGCCUUCGUCACCGCCGAGAGAAUUCUAAUGACAGAGGUCUUCGUCAUUCCCAUCAGACCCGAGACUUUCGAUUGGAAUACAGAUGGAUACUCAGAUCAGUUUUCGUAUCAACCUUCUUUGCUGAACGCCCCCGAUCUCCCGUCAUGGAUACAUUACACCUACAGCAAGAAGGAUCAUCACGGUUUUUUAUACGGCGUCGCGCCUAUAGAUCAAAAGUAUUUUCAGCUGGAGAUCGUGGGGUUGAACAAACACACCUACGAAACCCGUUACAAAGUGCUCGACAUGAACGUGAUCGAGAGAGAGAAUUUGACCAAGUACGAGGUGCACCUGAAAAUCGACAAUCUAAACGUGGAAGACAUGUUCGAUCGUAAUCGCACCCAAAAGCUCCUCGAUAUAUUCAGAAAAAAGUUAUGGAAAGGCGCUACGGACCUGUACGUGACUUUUUUGGCGUCUGCGAUUGAGCUCGGAGCUCGUUUACCCCUGAAACCCAGCGAAGGCGAAGGAGUCGUCGUGAGACUGGGUAGUACGGUGCCGUUCUCGCAGGAAUUGAACGAGUUGCAGGAGGAAGUGAAGCCGCUAUGGAAAAUGCCAUCGUGCCCCAGAGACUUCAAGAGGACCAGUGUAGAAAUACUCUUCCGAGAGGCUGAGUUCAGAUUGGACUGGUGUUCCUUCAGAUUACUGGAGGAAGAUCAACAGAGUCUGCAGCACGAGAGCGCCCGGAGGGGCCCCAGCGCGAACGUCGUGGGUUUACCGUCGUCGGGCAUCUCCGAGCACACGGAGUGGCGGUGGGCCCGUUCAACGAAGGCCAGCAUACCCACGAGAAGCUACUUCAAGGAGAUCGCCACCACAAUUUUCGUACCGGUCGCACUGCUCCUCGUGCUGGGCGCCUUACUUAGCACCGCUUUCUGUCUACAUCACGAGAAAAUGUAAGCGCACGAUACAUCUCGGUUGGAGGAAAAACCAGUCAAACUUGUUUCAAAACGAUGAUUAUUUGCAUUCCAGAAAAACUGAUUUUAGCAAUUUUAUCUGCAUAUUUCUCUUACAUUGUAAUUAAAACGCUUCUGUUUUAUAUCAAUUUUUUUUAAUCUUUAAUUGACAUCAAACUUUUUUUACGUAUUGACGGCGCGCAUAAAAAAAUUGCAUAAGAGAUUCUAUGCUGUGGCUGAGAGUGGGAUGAAGAUACGCAAGUCGGAGUCUUUUCUCUAGGCUAGUCAUAUAAAAUGAGUAAAUGUUUGUUGUUUUGAGGAUCAGCAGACGUAAAAUAAUAUGUUUAUGAAUGUAAAAAUGGCACAAAAUAUCAGCAAAUAAGUCUAUAAAUGGUAAUACAUUUAAAAAAAAGAAUAACAUACACGCUGCAUAAUGUAUUAAAAUAAACAAAAAAGAAUAGUCUGAAAUGAUGUAUUGCUAAAUUUCAAUUAUAAUAUUGUACAUUAAAAAAAAGAUGAUGUAUCGUAGCUCUUUUGCCGUUAACAUGUAAAUGUGGUGAAACAAAAUGAAAUAUGUCGCAUUAGCAAAAGGAUAAGGCCGUCCAGAAACACACGUGUCAUAAAGUGACAUUCACGAAAGACCAGAACAGUAUCAAGAAAUUUACGCGAGUACAAAAAAGGAUGGCUUCGAACACGAACGGAAGCAUUUAUCCAAUUUAUGGCACAUGUAAUUGUGCUAAUAAUUAUAACACUUGAAGAGUGGGGGAUAUUAUCGAAAACACAGUUUCAUAUACAAAGUGGCCGACUAUUAUCAAAGAAUAUCUGACUAACAGACUCAAAGCUAGUUCUUGUUGAGCAAGAACAUUUUAAUCAAGAAGAAGACAAUGUCGAAUUACCAGAAGAUGUCCUAUCAGAACAUUUAAUGUUGCAGGCUAAAAGAUUUAGAAGAAUGACGCGCGAUCAAUUUUUCGCCGUGGAAAAAUCGAUUUCGAAUUAGACAAAGAUAGACGAAGUUUAUACUUAUGUAGCUUUUCCAACAUUUUUGUAAGAUUAAGAACUGUAUAUUUUGCCGUAUACAUUAUCACGUUCCAGUUUCCUUUCCUUGCAGCUCAAGGCAAUAAAAACGGACGUUCAGGGACGGUUAAUUUGCGAUGAAUCGCAACGAGGCGGGCACUAUCUUUCGAGAGGCACGCGGUAAAAAGUAUUGCAAUUACAGUCAUCGGGAUAAUGUAAUUUACAUACGCGACACAAACAACCAAUUGCAGGCAUAGUAUAGACAUAGAAUUGAGAUUCUUGUACGUGUGACGUAACCGAUCCAAUUAUGAUCUUAUUAUGGACUCUAUGUGCGUCACGUUUAUUUUGCACGCAUACGUAUUUAGUUGGUAAAACGAAAAAAAAAGGACUAUUUUAGCUCGUCGAACGUCAAACCUAUUUUAGGAUUGAAUUAACGAUAAACUGAUAGCACAGAUAAUUGCAAAUAAAUGCAUAACGGUUUAACAUACCUAUUAUUUAUAAUUUUUAAUACAAGGUUUUUGCGAAAGUUUACGUACGGAUGACUAUUUUCCAGUCAUCAUCAUCAAUCGCUCCAAUUUUGCCGUGAACUAUUGAAACAAUUAUCUAUUAUAUGCUGCCGAUAAUUUCUAAUAAGUAUUCCCGAUCCCGAGAGCGCGUGACUGUUUCUGGGUUCUGUUAUUGGCAAUGCUUAAUUAAUUAGCUGUCAAUAACAUCGGUAAUGCUCCGUGUCGCUAUCUACCACAGAAACCGAUAAGGAGAAAGAGAAAACGAGAAAAGAAAGCAGAAAAGAAAACACGAGUAUAAUAAUAAGAAUA